UUAUACCAUAAAUGUGUCAUUUUUUCGCAGCUGAAUACCGAUACAUAACAAAUAGGGAUAACAAUAUGUUACCGAAGAUAAGUGAUUCAAAGUGAUUGACACUUUCGCAGAAGCAGCUUGCUUUCCUCGGGACAGAUCGGAUAUUGACGUCACGUUUUCAGUUUUUAGGUGGUGUAGAGACAGUGCAGACCAAGAACGGAGGUUGAUCGAGGAGGGGCAGGUGCUUACAGACCGGCUCGGCUAUUUAGUUAGCGAAGAUUAGCUGUUACUCGUUUAUGAAACUAGUACAUAUUACAUAAAGUUAGGUAGCGGCCCUGGAUAUACACAUCGUUUACGCGUACAAACAAGAUCGGGGUGUGGAGUAAUGAGGCGGGAGGAUUGAAGGUGUCCCAUUGAGUCUUUGGGUGACCAGACCAGACAAGAUGCUGGAGGAAGAGGCCGACUCUGUGGGGGCAGAUGAAGAAGAGACCGAAAUGGGGAGUAGGGAUCUGAGGGCAGAAGUGGAGCGUCUGACACUGGAGCUCCAAGAAGCCAACGAAGAGAAGUUGCAGGCUGCUCGGUAUGGCCUAGUGGUGCUGGAGGAGAGCUCCUUGCUCAAGAGCAAACACACCCAGCUGGAAGAGGAAUAUGAGGCCCUCAAACAGGAGCUGCAGCAGAUCAAAGAGUUGCUGACAGACUCUAUGAGCAGCCAGAAGCGUGCAGUAGUUGCUGGAGAGACCCGGGAGGAGAGUCUGCUACAGGAAACGGCUAACAAAGAGGCUGCCAUGGCGACGCGCAUAGAGGAGCAUCAGGCAGAGUUGAAGCUGGCGCGUGUCGCUCUAGGAAACGCCCAUGCUGAGAUCGAUCGCCUCGGAGGCCUCUCCACUCAACUGAAGAAGGAGUUUGAGGGUGUGGAGGCGGAGAAGGGCCACAUGAGGGAUGAUAUGAAGGAGUACAAGGUCCGGGAGGCUCGUCAGUUGCAGGACAACAGCGAGCUGGAGGAGGAGAACAUCUCCUUGCAGAAGCAGGUGUCUGUGCUGAAGGAAAAUCAGGUGGAGUUUGAGGCGGUGAAGCUGGAGCUGACCCAGAAGGAUGAGGAGCAGGAGGAUCUGCGGGCCCAGCUGGACGAGGCGGCGCGGCUCCGGCAGAUCGCCGAGCGGCAGCUGGACGAAGCCCUGGAGGCUCUGAAGGAGGAGAGGGAGCAGAAGAACAGCCUGAGGAGGGAGCUCUCCUCCCUGGCCAUCAACCCCUUCGACUCGGUGGGCAACCUGGAGCUGCAGCUGGAGCAGCUGGACCGGGGAGGAGACGGGGAGGGAGACGACAGCGGCUACAACAACGGCCUCGUCUCUGGGACCGCCCCGCUGCCUCUCGUUCCUCCCCUGGGGGGCUCGAAAACCAAUGGCCGUGCCCAUCUGUUCUCCACCCCGAGGAACAGUGACGUGUUUCUGCGGCCCCCGGCCCCAGGCCUGGUGUCUGACCUGCUGAGUGAGCUUCACCUCUCAGACAGCCAGAAACUCAAACAGCAACUUCUGCAGGCGGAGAGGGACAAGGCCGGCCUGACCAGCACAGUCCAGGAACUCCAGCAGCAGCUCAUCAUCUCCAAGGAGGCCCUGAGUGAGCAGGAGGUGAAGGUGGGCUGUCUGACCCAGAAGCUGGAGUCCGCCCAGCAGCACAGCCCGCCCCUGCAGAAGGCAGGGGAGCGGCCCGACGGCCUGGGGGACGGCGAGCAGGGGGACGGGGCGGACUACUACGAGCUGGACACCAAGAGCACGGAGGUGCUGGAGUGCCGCAUGCGCGCGGCCAGCGAGGAGCUGCUGAAGCUGAGGGAGGAGCUGUCCCAGGCGGGGGUCCGCUACGCCUCCCUGGAGCAGCGCUGCAGGCAGGAGAAGGAGCGCUGGAGGGGCGAGGCCCAGGAGCUGGCCGAGAAGAUCCGCCAGUGCAUCAAGUCCAGCCGGCAGGACCAGGAGCGCAUCAGCGAGCUGGAGAAGGAGAUCGGAGCCACGCGGAAGGUGGCCACGGACUCGGAGGGCCACCUGAGCGUGGCGCAGGAGGAGCUGCUGGCCUUCUCGGAGGAGCUGGCCAACCUCUACCACCACAUCUGCGUCUGCAACAACCUGACGCCCAAACGGGUCACCUUGGACUACUACCGCGAGGGCGCCCGGGGCGGAGGGAGGUCCCACCACCACCACGUCCACCCCCACCACCACUCGCAGAGGAAGCGGCGCUCCAACGACCUGUUUGGGAAGGCGGUGCAGCAGGGGGCGGAGGGGGACAGCGCGGGCGUGUCGGGCAGCGGGGACUCCUCCUCGGCAGCCGUCCCCGCCUGCCCCGGCUCCCCCACCCUGGACUUCAGGGACCCCUCCAACGUGCGCAACCUGGUGGUGGUCAUCCGUUGCCAGAUCAAACACCUCCAGGUGGCGGUGGAUCUGUGCCGCCAGAGGGGCACGCUGCCCGCUCCGUCAGCGGCCUGCGGCAGCGACUCGGACAGGGACGCCGAUGCCCUCCUGGAGGAGGUGCUGAAGCUCAAGUCUCUGCUCAGCACCAAGAGGGAGCAGAUCGCUACCCUCAGGACUGUCCUCAAAGCCAACAAACAGACGGCAGAGUUGGCUCUGUCCAACCUGAAGACCAAGUAUGAGACUGAGAAGAGCAUGGUGUCUGAGACCAUGGUGAAGCUGAGGAACGAGCUCAAGGCCCUGAAGGAGGACGCGGCCACCUUCUCCUCUCUACGCGUCAUGUUCGCCAGCAGGUGUGAUCAGUAUGUCACCCAGCUGGAUGAGAUGCAGAGGCAGCUGGCAGCAGCCGAGGACGAGAAGAAGACCCUGAACUCCCUGCUGCGCAUGGCCAUCCAGCAGAAGCUGGCCCUGACCCAGCGCCUGGAGGACCUGGAGGCCCCCCUGUGCCCCCGGAGCCUCAACAACAGCCCCCGCCGCUCCAGGGCCAAGGAGCUGGGCACCAAGUCCGGCAGGGCCCCCCGGAGCCCCCGGGGCAGCCCCAACCGCCACCUGAGGAACAGCCCCCGCUCCAGCCCGGUCCCCACCGUGGCCAGCCACCACCUCCGGGCCCUGACCCGCAGCCUCCACAGCAGCCCCAGAUGAGAAGCAUCCUCCAUCACCCCAACCCCUCUCUCCCCCGUAAGGACCAGUGUUUGUCGACCCGCCCUCUCCUGACCCCAAGAUCUCCUGUCCACCUCUGACCUGACGCCACAUUCCCACAUCAUCAGACCGAUGGACUAACAGAGCCCCCCCCCCCCCCCAUCUCUGCCCUCUCCAUGUGGAGGGAGGUGCCUGCCCUGCAUGCAGCCUGGAGAGGAGCGCUGAAGGAGCAGUGGCUGGCACCCUGCCUCUCCCGAGCUUGUGUGUCUAUCCUGGAGAGCUUCAGUUCCAUCUUGUAGUCUGAUAGUCCAUCCCAGGAUUUGUGGGUGUGUGCUCUCAUGAGAGGAGAGUAUUUUUACAAAGUGUUUUUAUGUGAAGUAUUCACCAUUUCUUUGGGCUACCAGACUGAUACGCCAUUGUGUUUGUCUAAUAACAACCCUGUCAUGUGUUCCACAAUGUGUUUGCAUGCUGGUUGUUUUAUGCAAGCGUCUGUUUCUGUGUGGACGCUAGUCUACAUCAUUUGACACUAGUAACUGCCUUUAGCCUGGCGCCAUCAUGACAAGGCCUCCUUGGGCCUCUUAGCCCCUGCAACCCCUUAGCUCCAUGCUGCUCCCAUGACAACUAGCCAGGUCAAAUGGGCUUUUUACAAACACAACAGCCUUCUUGAGCGACUUGAUGUAAAUCAAUUCUGUUAUCUUGAGGCGUAUUACUUUCGCUCUUAGCAUUUUCUACUGGAAGUACUGUUAGAUCCCUUAACCCUGUGAUACCUCAGACUGUUGAGCUGCAACCUAGCCACACAGUCAGUGGUCACAUCACUGAUGGAAGAGACACAGCCAUAUCUUUACCACCUCAGGCUAGUUACCAAUGGAUUCAUGAAGUACAAACUUUAUUUGAAGGGCAUGUUGAAACUUCCAAGCUAUGCAGGUAGUCGAGGGCGGUACCGAGCUGCGGUAGACUAGAGCCCAGGCUGUUCUUGACCUCCACACUUUCUGUCAACAGAGUUGCUUCAGGUUAAGGGACAUGGAGUUGGUCCUGAGUGUCUGACUUGACACAAUUAAACUGACAGUUCUUAGUUAAGGAUUGAUCUAGUCAGAUGCUCUGAAACUCCUAGGGCAGUACAAGAUGCCUCAAACCCACUGGUCUAGGAACAGGUGCCGUUGGACCCUGUGUGGUUUUGGUUGAGAUGUAAAAUAAUCUGGUUCUAGGUUUGUGGUUUGGAAAAGUGUCUGACCUUGAGCUUGCUGAUGCUACAAUGCCGGCUUCACGCUGUACAGGGUCAAUGGGAGGUCAUAAUCACUCAAGCCUUUGAGCCCAUCAAGGUAUCUACAGUAGUACAUGUUUUGGACAUCUAAAGUAACAGUGAUUCUUGUUUUGUUUUUUUAUAACUGAAGAAAAAUAAUUCAUUAACUUAUACUAAUAAUUUGGUUUAAAUGAUAUGGGUCAGGAAAGGAGAGUGCUUUCCUAAAUUAUGUGAUUCCUGUGAUAAAUUCCAGUGCCUUGGUUUUCCUCUGGUCACUCUGUUUCAGACAAGAUCACUUAAAAAAAAGUUUCAGCACUGUAGAAGUUACAAUGUGUUAGUGUAUUUGAAAAGAUUAUGGAGGUGUUGUCUGUGCUUGCUGUUGAGACUAAUUUAGCACUGAUUAGUUUAAGUUGUAUAUUUAAUUUUCUUCACAUUUAAUGUGUUUGUAUGAUAUGUGAUAAUCAUAUCAAACUCAAUUUUUGACAAGUAUAUUUAUGUGGUCUGCCUUUUUUGUCCAAUGUUGUAGAAGGUAUGUCACCAUACAUAAUACUCCAAUUGAAAUGGUCCUCCAUUUUUUUGUUUAUGUACCUUCCAUUGAUUGACCUGUGAACUACUGAUGUCAUGAAGAAUAAAGCCACACCCUGUGCAAAUUUA